AAGUGGUCUUCAAAACAAAAUUCUAAUUUUGACGAAUAACAAUUUUUCAUUCAGGAGAUCCUGCUUUUCAGUUUUUAGUUUUCGCGUUACUUGAUUGCACACGCACAGGCAAUUUUGAAGGAGUGUAUUGCGAGGGAUCAUUAGAAUUACUUUUAUUCUUGUAAUGAAUCGUUUGGAUGAGAGUUACAAGGAUAGGGUAAAGGCACUUUGGCGAGCUAUCUGUGCAACAAAAUUUGUAAACGAUGACAAUGAACCGUGUCAAAUUGAAGAGGGUCUCUUCGUGGGGUCUGCUGCAGCAGCAAAUAACAAAGCUGCAUUGAAACAGCAUAAUAUUACUCACAUCUUGACUGUGGCUGGUUAUAUUCGUCCUGCUCAUCGACGAGACUUCACGUAUAAAAUCAUUGAAGUGGUGGACACAGUAUGGACUGAUCUUGCUCAGUACUUCGAUGAAUGUAUUGAUUUCAUUGAUGAAGCUAAAAGGUCAGGUGGUGGAGUAUUGGUUCACUGCUUUGCAGGGAAAUCCAGAAGUGUGACUAUUAUUCUUGCGUAUCUGAUCAAAAAGCACGGCAUGACUCUAUCUCAAGCUCUUGAAUACGUGAGAAGCAAAAGGCGACAAGCAUCACCUAAUGCCGGCUUCUUACAGCAACUCCAGAAGUAUGAACAAUCACUACAAGGAUUCAUGGAUUCGGAAGCAUUGAAAACUCAGAAAGCCCUUGCCUUGCAAGCUGCCGCGGUGAGGAAGUUACUAAAGAACGAAACCAGGGAGAUACCUCCCCUACCCUUGAGGACCCAGGGGAAAGUUACCUCAGCCCCGGUGGAGAUACCAGGGCAAAGCUCUAGUACGGCUCCUGAAGAUUACCAAGCUCAGCCUUCAACAAUGCUAGAAGGCAAUGACCAGAUGGUGCCAUCCCCUCAGCAGAUGGUGUCAUCCCCUCCGCGCCUGUCAAGCCCUAAAAGAAAUAGGCGCAAUGACGGGAGUGACUCAUCUAGUAGGGCCUCGUUUUGGGACCUCGAUGGCUCGGGAAAGAGGCGCAUGCUGAGUUGGCAUUAGGUCACCUUUAUUCGACUGUUGAU